AGAUACAUACCACGUGAACAGCGUCACCCAAUCAGCUGGUAAAUGUUGAAUCGCGCCGUUUACUGUCUAUCGCUUAUUGUACUUGCCGCUUGAACGUUAAUAAAAUAACCUUUUUGUAGAGGUGAUUGUAGCAUUAAUUAAUUACCGAUUCAAUUGGAAAGUGUUGUGUAAAUCUUAAUUCCUUAUUUUGGCGGCUUCUGACCUUCAAUCGUAGUUCAAAAAUAUGUCGCCAUUUUGACCAUACUUAUUUGAGUUGAGUAUUUAUUUAGUUUGGUCGUCGCUAAGCUUGUUAAAACCACAUAAAGCGGUUUAUUUAAAUGGAUGCACUAUUGCAAGAAAUAUGGAGAAUAUGUCCCAGAAUAAUAGUACACUAAAUUUCCUUAUUCAUGACGCCAAUGGACAGCCUCAGAUGGUUAAAGUAGUACCAAAUAAAAUUAAUCAACCACUCACUCAAAUUAAAGUAAAACCUAAAUCAUUGAAGUUUAUUAAAAUACCGAACGUAGAGGUAGACACUCAGAGAUCUGUAUUUCGUGCCAUUAAAUUACCUGACCUUAAAUGUUCAUCUAAACUUGUACUACCAAUUGAAGCUAUAACGCAUGUACAAAAACCUACUACUAUAAAAUCUGAACCAUUAGAAAUUGAGGAAAACCAGCAACCUGUGUCAGAAAUAAAACUUGUUGAAGCAGUACCUGAAUUAGUACCAAUACCAACAAAGCAAGAAUCUUUAUUGACUGGUGCAAGUCAUAAAAAGCUUGACAUAUCCACAGUCAUGUCAAAUACCUCUAGAAGAAGACAUGAUUCUGACAAUGAUCAGCCUGCAGAAUAUACUACAAAGAAGCGCAAGCAUGCUGACAAAGUUGGUAAAGGUUUGAGGCAUUUUUCAAUGAAAGUUUGUGAAAAAGUAAGAAAUAAAGGGUUUACUUCAUACAAUGAAGUGGCAGAUGAGCUAGUUUUGGAAUUUGCUACUGGGAUUCAUGGUUCUUCAGACAGUCAACAAUAUGACCAAAAGAAUAUAAGGAGACGAGUAUAUGAUGCAUUAAAUGUUCUUAUGGCUAUGAAUAUUAUAUCUAAAGAAAAAAAAGAAAUACGUUGGCUAGGUUUGCCUACUAAUUCAGUCCAAGAAUGUACUGCUCUAGAAAAAGAAAAACAAACUAAGUUGGAACAAAUUCAAAAAAAGACACAGCAGUUACAAGAACUCAUCCUACAGCAUAUAUCAUUUAAAAGUUUGAUAGAACGGAAUAAAGAAGCAGAAAAUAAGGGAGUGAAGCCAUCACCGUCGUCAGCUAUCCAUCUCCCGUUUAUUGUAGUGAAUACUAGUGAUAAAGCAUUAAUAGACUGCAGCAUCUCCAAUGACAAGACAGAAUAUAUGUUCAAUUUCAAUAAGAGGUUCCAAAUUCAUGACGAUAUAGAUAUAUUAAAGAGAAUGGGUUUAUUAUUUGGUUUAGAUAAAGGCGAAUGUUCAGAAGAAGAUAUAGAAAGGGCUAAGCAAAUGGCACCCAAGUCAUUGGAAUAUUAUGUAGAACAAAUGGGCAGAGGAGAAAUCACAAAAUUGACAAGUCUGUUGGAGGAUUUGGACGACAAUGUCGAGGAAGAAGAGGAAACAGUGGAAGGUGAUCCAGAGCAGACGGAACAUGACGAUGAGCCCGAAGAGGGUGACGGCAACGAGUACAGCGACGAUGACAGCGAUGUAGAUGUGUAGCACAGUAUACUUCCGCCUCUGCGUCUGUACUCUAAACGCUGAAUUUACAUUACGAAGUUGUUAGAGACUAAAAACAAGCUUCACAAAACUAAUUUCGAUAUAUGUGAAAGUACUUUCAUAAUGGAACGUCUACAUCGAAACUUUAUUAUUAGUUUCAUGUAACCAUUUUCGUAAUGUAAAUCUACCUUAAACGUACGCUGUUUCAAAACAAUUUUUACGAAAAACCGGCAACAUUGUUUGUUCUCCUAUCACAAAAAACUAUAAAGCACAGAUGUAAAAUUUUUUUGUUUAUUAAAAUCUAAGUUUUGCGGUGGUAAGUCCCUCUGUGCAAAUAUCAAUAUAAAAAUUUGCCAUUUGUGCUCGAUAUGAAUUUUGUUCACAAUUUCAAUAAAACUAAGGGUCUGCGCAUAUUUGAAGGAAGAUGCAUCGCUUGUUAUCCGUUCCGUAACGGAUUCAUCAGAAAAUUAUCAUAUGAUAUUCUACCUUGCACACUAGACCAAUAUUUCCUUGAUAUGCUCUAGGGAUCUUCUGUAAAUACAUACUGGAAAAAUAUUAGUACAAGGGAUGUUAUUAGUGCUAAUGUGGAUAUAAAACCACAAAAAUAUUAUUUCUGAUUUAAUUUUUGUAUAUAUAUAAACUUAAAAAAGUUCACAUACGCAUGUUUGCGUAUGUAAGUCUUCAUAGUGCCGCAUCUGCCUUUGCAUCAGUCUCCACAUUCGAAACAUCCCUAAUUAUUAGGAAGUCUGUAUUUGGCACAAAGCUCUAUAAUUUAGGUACAUUAACAUUAAGUUUACUUUUUGUUCUAUUAAAAGAUUCCCUGGAAAUAACAAUUGUGAAAUGCACGAAAACGAAAUUUAAUCUUUAUUUUUUAAUGAAAUGUUAUUUCUAGUAUAUUUGGUUAUAUGAAACCCUUGAAUGGUUUAAUAAUUAAAUUUGUUACUGUAGAACAGGUUUUAGUUUAUAUUUACCUACUUCAAAACAUCGUUCAGGUUUUCAAUUGAUUUGAAACAGACGUUUAGAAGUGAAAAACCAACAGCUUAGAAGUUAAAAUGUUAUCAAAUUAUAGAUAAUACCGCUGGGUCGGAGAUGUAGUGCGGUACGCAGACAUACUUGCAAGUUGUAAUUGGCAAUGGUGAGGGUUGUACAUAGUGGGCCCCAGAUACUAAGGAUUUUAAUCAAAUUUUAUAAUUGCUAAAAAGUUACAUAAUAGUUCUGAGAAUAAUAUCAUUGCCGUUUAUCCAUGUUGAGUAUAAAUGUAAUAUUUUUCUUUUUCAAACUACACUCUUUUUAUCUUAAACAUUUUUAUUUGUUUGUUUUAUAAUGGAGUAGUUACUAGAUUUAGAUAAGAAAACAUGCUAGCUACCAUUGGUUAAACCAGCUUGCAAAAAUUUAUGUAUAGAUCAUGAUACUUCUGAAAAUUAAUAAUUUUAUUCUAACUCUUAGUAUCUUGUGCUCCCAAUGUAUAUUUAUGUAGACUUUAAUGUUACGUCCUGCUGCUAAACUUAUGCAAUGUGCCUUUGUUUUGAUACUGUUAAAUCAAUUUUUAUAAAAAAAAUAGUUCCACUAAACAGUGAGCAAUAGUACUUAAACUGUAAGGUUUGGCUCAAACCAGUCAAAUGCCACUAAUCUAUUGACAAGUAUCGCAACAACGCUCUCGUUACAAGUGAGACUUUGACUUCGGAGCACUUUCGUGACAAUUAUUAUUUAAAUGACUAGAAGGUGCCUGUACAAAUUAUUUAUUUUUUAUGUUAUUUUAACAUACAAAAUAUAGAUUUAGUUUAAGGUCCUUAACUAUGAGUAUUGAAGAAAGCUAGUUAGCUUGUUUACAUAUACAAUUUAAAUCACUAUAUUAAGAUGUAAAUUAAUCAAAAUUUUUGUAUUUGUGCUCAAUAAAGCAGUAUAAAUUCUGUACUAUAUAGGUAUAAUUUGAAAGAUAUUCAUUAUAAAAGAUAUUUUCUCGUAAGUUAUAAUGUAAUUCUGUUCCUUAUUCAGGUUUCAAUACAAAUUAUUGAAUCACAUUCUAGUUUCUACCAAAAUAAGAAGUGUUGUAAAAUCACAAAGCAUAUGAAAGACAAUUGAUUAAACUUUGAAACACUUAUAAACAGCUCCUCAUUUCUUUAUGAACAAUGACAACAUGUAAGUACAGUAAAAAGUAAUAUACAUUCUUCGUACUUUUAGAUGGUUUGUGUGCUCAGAAUAUAAUAACAUUAUUCAUCCAGGCUGCAGAUACACGUUACACGUAUUCCUUGUGUUAAGUUUUUUGGGGUCGAUAAAUGAAUAAGUAAGACUAUAAAAAAGUUAAUUUUUGUGUGUCAUUCAUUUUAGAAACAGUGGUUCCAAAGCGUUUAGAAAUAAUGUUGCAUUUUUCAACUUGAAGCUCAUGUAGGUAGUAUAGUUGCAAAAUAAAUAUGUAGGUAAUUAAUGUGGCACAUUAGCAUAUGACAAUAAUAAUAAAUGGAUGUACGUAAUGAAAGCUAGAAUAUUUUACUUUCAUAUGGCAGAGGCAUGUUGCACAAGUUUGGCAUUGUAAAGAUAGUUGGUUAUUAAGAUAGUAUUACAUGUAAGUUGCUGCACAUAAAAAUUGUCGUUUUAAUAAUAUUUUAUGAAAUUGAAUGAAAUAUAUUGUUUUAUAAACAUUCAAAUUGAUAAUGACUAGUUUUAUUUAUAGAAACUAACUAUAAUUAUAUAGACUAUUGCCUUUCCUUAAUUUACAUAAUUACCGAAUUAUUCAAGAUAACUCAAAAUCAUGUCAUUUACUGAGAUUUUGACAGCUCGAAAAGUCUGCUUUGCCAUCACUGUCAAUGUCGAGGCUGUGUGAAUUCUAUCAGCAAAAAGCAAACUUUCCUGAGAAAAUCAGCAAACAAAAUACUAAACCACAAUUCGGCAGGCGUUACAUAUUUGGAUUUGAUCCAUAAUUGUUGGUGCUGCUGAUGCUGAAUUGACAUUAGUAGGGCCACAAAAAUCUAUUUCAUUUUUCUAAAAUGUUUAUUUUGGUAUGAAUUUGUAAAACAUAUAUUUUUCAUCAAAAGCAUUCGACUGCGUUAGUCAUGAAACACUGUUGGGGAAAUUAUAUCUUUCUGCUAUAAUUCAAAAAGUAGUAAUUAAUGAAGCGAAAUCUAUAGGGGCACUCAUUACUAUGGGUGUACCUCAGGGAUUGGUAUUAGGACCAUUGCUUUUUCUAAUUAACAUUAAUGAUCUUCCUCGCUUUACUAACAAUUUGUUCUCGCACAAAUUAUUUGCUGUUGACACCACUUUAGCGUUUGAAGUUAAGAGGGGUAAUGAUUGUUUAGACGAUGUAAAUAAUGCUCUAGACACAGUUCUACAGUGGUUUGAUAAUAAUAAUUAAAAGCUUAAUUCAAAUAAAACGAAAUGCAUAUUUUCAUUACCAAAUGUGAGGCAUGUUACACUUAUAAAUGUUAAAAUAAAUGAAAAAGUUGAGUUGGUGGAAUCUACAAAGUUCCUUGGUGUUAACGCACUACUCCCGCGAGA